GACGUGUUCAACUUCUGAAGUUCGGGCGCGCCUUCACCUUCCGCAGAAGCUGGCAUACCGCAUCAUCAUGGCAGCAUUCUGAGUGGUACAAAGGCGGUUUUUAUCCUUCCCCUCUUCUGCAAAUGGGUUACAGGCAAGCUAAUGGGAGAAGCAUACUUUUGCUGCUCAGCUAGCCGCUGCCUGCGGAAUCAAUUUUGCAGAACUUGCCAAGAGGCUGACGAGGUUGUGAGCUGCUACACGUAACGUACAACAUGGAGUUGGCGGCGGCAAUUAGUUGUUCGGGGCCUGCAGUCUUUCCAGCUCUGCCUAGAGGGACUGCGCAAUCAUGUCAACAGUCCGCUGCCUCUGGGGCCUGUCUACAUUCCACCAACUCUGGCGCCUUUCAUUCAACCACUCGAAGCGGCCACGUAUUGAGACAGCUACAAUCCUGGAAGAGACUCAACGCUUUGAGAGAGGAGAACUCAAUGCACGGCCCUGAAGUUGGUACAGCAAGCAGGCAGUGUAGAUUUAAGCAGCGCAUAAUUAGAAAAUCAAACCGGUCUGGUCAGAGCUUAAUCACUUGUAGAAGCAGUGCCUCGCAAGAAGCGCUCCCAGCGCCUCCGGAAACCUGGCCCAUCGAGCCGCCACUGGAGAAAGUGGAGCACGAGCGGUACAUGUACCCGGCGGACACUCUGCCCGGAUACGUCUCCCACAGCAAGGACCCGCGCGUGCCUGUGAAACAUAAAACGUCCCACCUGCGCGUGCGCGGCGCCGUCGGCUGCGGCCUCUGCCACUGGAUCGGCGACAUCUGCUCCACGCUCAAACUAGACGGGUGGGUAAAAGAGCUCGACUCCAAGAACAUGGAGAUCGUCGCCUCAGGCCCCAGCACCGCCAUCGACUGGCUCGUAGGGACGCUGUAUCGGCAUCCGCCCGACGCAAAAGUGUUCCAAGUGGUCGAGAGCCCGUACUACGAACCAAUCGAGCAAGGGUUCACAGUGCACGAGAUUGACGACUCGUGGGUUCAGGGGGGGCACGAGGAGAUGCGCGGGACUGAAACGUUUGACUUUUUCGGCGAGGAAACGAUGGCUGCCCUGUGGACGGUGAUGUACGAGGAGCCCGACCGGUUGGCGCGCGAGGCCAUCGAAGCAGAAGUGCGCGAGCGCGAGCGCGCGGAAGCUGAGGCCGAGGCCGAACUAGACCGGCGGCUGAACUCCCGCAACGAGGACGAGGAAGAUCCGGAUUUGGACUUGCUUUCGCGCGCGCUCGAGGACGAAGAGGAUGGGUCGGGGCUCGAUGACUUGAGUCCCCGGAGCUUCAGGAGGAUCGAGGCGGAGCAGGCCCGGCGGGCGAGUGUGCAGAAGGGGGGCUUCUUCGGGCUGGAUGACGAUAGCGAGAGUGAGCUGCUCGGGGCCGGGGCGAUGCGAGAGGAAGAUCUGUACCGCGAGGGAGGGGAAGGGGAGACGGAGGAUGACGACAGCACGCUCCAAAUGCUGAUUGACUCGAUCGCGAAGACGAAGGGCGGGGCGAAGCGGGUGGGGGGAAGGGCUGGGGCGCGGUCGAGGGGAUCCCCUUCGAGCGAGGCGGCGUCGGGCGCUCGCCGCGGGGGCACCGGUCGAGACGAGUUGGGAGAGGAGAUGAGCGACGAGGACUUUUUGGCGUCGCUUGCGGAAGGGAAGCGAAGAGAGGCAGGGUUGACUGGGGGUUCCAACGGCACGGACGACUUUCCCACCUCCCCGAAAGGAUUGGGCUCUGGUGCGGGGACGAAUGUUGUGAGUGCAGACGGAGUUGUGGCGGCAGUACCCGAGCCGAAAGUUACCCGGGGUAGGGGCCGGCCGCGGAAGGUGAAAGUAGAGGCGGAUGGGACGAGUCCGGUGGCGCUGACACCUGACGGCGCGGCUGCGCCAAAACCAAAGCGAGGACGGAGAAAGCAAGCUGCCGCAGAGAGCACGGAUAAAGAGCCGACAGAGACUGCGGACUUUGGGUAGACGCUGCGAAUGGAAGAGGGCCUGCUUGUGAACCGCACCUGUAACCUGAGAUUUAAGUUCUCGGAUUGCAAGUGAUAAGGGCGUGAGUUGACAUAAUCACGUGUGUUGACGUCCACACAGCAAGUGCAAACAGCCGCUUAUUGUACAACGUUCUGGUUUGUCAUUGGCGGGUAAUGUUUCAAUCGGGCGCAAUACUUAUUGCAAUUUCGUUUCUGGCGACACGUGACAUGCAACAAGUCACGUCCGGCUGCGCAUCAGUACAUGUAAGACAUCCAAAGAUCCUGAGUUGGCCGGAGGCUAGCAUGAUAACUUGAACGGGUACGUGUAAGUUCUGGGCAGUGCGCCAAAACUGGAAGCGAUACAUUUAUGCGGUCA